AUGAAGAUUGAAAACCUCAAGAUGUUAGUGAAAAUAUGGAUUCCUGCUCCAGAAGCGGCUGCACCAAUCUCUACUGCAACAGUAUCGUACACACUACAAAGCAACGGAAUACAAUGUGCAUCAGCUGUGUCCUGGCAGUUUGGCUGUCGGCUGAGGAAGCAACAGCAGUUCGUGCCUAGCACAAGGUUUUCGCUUAUUGAGAAGAAGAAUAAACCGGAACACGAAUGUUCGCAAAGAUGUGUUGGAACAGAUGGAAAAGAGAAAAGUGGUUUACUGAAACUGCACAAUCGAAAGCCGGACAUAGAAGUGAAGACUCGGAAAUCGCUGUAUGAACGGUGGCCGUUUCAGAUAGAAUUGGUCAAUAGUGGAAUGUUGCUUAUCGGUGCAGCACCUUCUCGUACUCUCAAAACUUGUCAUAAUAACAAGGAGGACAAUGUACGGACAAAACUUACCAUACGUCGUCAUAUCACUGCAACAAUGAAAGUUCGUAUUUUUGGCAUUCUGGAUUGUAAAUCGUUGUUGAACUGUGAGCUUACUUGCAAAAGAUGGAGUUCUGCAAUCCUGGAAAAUCUGCAACACCUACCAAAGUUACAAACCGAUCAGAUUCGAAUUCUCUUUGACGAAGCAGAAAUUUUUAUUUUCCCAGUUGACGAGAAGAAGUGCCCAGGUCUAAAGCGGCGCUUACGUCAUCUGACAACGCAAUCUCUUUUUAUUCGUGGCCUUAUUCCCAUUGAAUCGGUUCCUGUCCUUCGUUCUCUUCUAUCACUUACACUUCGACCGCAACAAAUCUACUUCAUCUGGUGCAAAUUCAGUCCAGAUAGUGUGCCAGUGGUACUGAACAAAUUUUAA